AUGGAGAAAAUCAUGAGCAUACUGAAGCCGGGUGGAUCUCACCACGACGAAGCAAAGUACGCCAAGCCAGAAGGCUCAAGUGGUGCCGGUGCGACUGGUACUGGAUCGUCUGGUGUUGGGUCCAGUGGUUUGGGAUCGGACGCUGCUGCACAGAAUCCUGGCCAUGUUAACCUUCCGGAUCAAGUCAGGACAGAUCCUGGCGAGGAGAAGAAGGAAUCUGGCAUUCUGAGGCAGAUACUCAAUCCGGGUGGUGAGAAGUACGAUGAGCAGGCUUAUGGUACGACUGCACAUGCGGUCAAUGACCCCAAUGCGCCCAAGCUUGGAUCUGGAAGUGCUCUGCAGACUCAUCCUGCCCACGAGACGGAUAGCAAGGAUGUCUCCAGGCAGAUCUUAAACCCUGACGGCGAGAAGUACGACCCCGUCCGCUAUGGCUCGACAGCUCAAGCGGAUAGGCCCUUCGGGGUCCCAUCAGCAACCACUGUCAGCCCAUCGUCUGCACCACAAAUCGAGCCACUCCCAGCCGCGGAGGACAAGCAGUCAAUACUAAGGCAGGUACUCAACCCAGGUGGAGACAAAUACGACGAGCAGCGCUAUGGCGUAACAGGCAAGACCAUUCCGGGUACGGAAACCUCCUCCCUUCGUCCUGGUGCAGACCAAGGAGUGCCGUUGAGGACUGUGAGCUCGGAAACAGUUGCAUCAGGCAUGCCGGGUCCGUACGCCUCGAACAAGGCUGACAAGAUGCUUCCAGGCACGGAGCCGACUUCCUCUACCACAGGUACAUCUACCUUGCCAGACCGAAGUCGGGACAUCCCUGCCGCGGCUGGCUUGGCUGGUGUUGGCGCUGCUGCUACGCACCCGACCUCUUCGACCACGACUGGUGAGCACGGACGUUCCUUCCCGUUGAGUGGCGGAGCUACGUCCUCGUCUACUAGACCUACUGAGAGGCACGGUAUUGAGGAGACGAUGCGUGGACAGCCCGGCAACACCGACCAGUCACAUCUCGGCCGUGAUGCUGGCAUCGUCGGAGCUGGUGCACUUGGUGCUGGCGCCCUUGCCCAUCAUGAGACAGAUCGACCUACUCAUGGGACGUCUUCGGCAACAGACCCAACGUCUCGACACGGCGCCCUUGACACAUUGUCAGGAAAUCAUGGCACGUCAGAUCAGUCUCACCUCGGGCGCGAUGCUGGCAUUGUAGGCGCGGGAGCUCUGGGCGCGGGAGCUCUUGGCCACCACGAGGGUGACAGGCUUGGUCAUGACGACAGAAGCACAGCAGGAGGACUCAAUUCAGCUGGUCCUGGUAUCACAUCAGGUCUGGGCAGCAGUACAGGGGCUCCUCUAUCUUCCUCUCGUUCUGCCGACAUUGCUGGCGACACCUUCGGCUAUCAUCACUCAGACGAGAGACCUCACGAAGGCUACGUCCAUCAUGCACACGGUCCUCAUGCGACGGACACAGCUAACAGGCUUGACCCGCAUGUGCCUGGCGAGUUUCCGGAUGACUCUGGUCUAGAUAGGCACAGUAACGUCGGCCGUGAUGCUGCUCUCGGCGGUGUGGCGACUGGACAUAGUGGUCCCAUCUCGGCUACUACCAACACUGUCCCACACAGUACGUCUGGUACUCAAGGUGGUGUGCUGGGCGGCCAGCGCGAACCAGAGCAUCACUACGGCCGAGAUGCAGCUCUUGGAGCAGGAGCGGGAACAGCAGGUCUUGCUGGGUACGAAGCUCUCGGAGACCACGAUCGUCAUGCUCCUGUGUCUCAGCAGCGGGCUGUGGAUCCAGCAUCUUCCUUGUCUACGUCUCAGCCGCAUCACCAUCACGAUCAUCAACCCCACAACAGGAACGUGCCUAUCGCCGGCGGCGUUACGGGUGAGCCGAAGUUGACCGCCUACGAAGCUCAGCGCGCUCAGGCACCGUCGGCGUCCUCGCAGUCGCAACCGCAUCACCUAGGAAGAGACGCUGGUAUUGCGGCAGGCACUGGUGCUGGUGGUUUAGCUGGCUAUGAAGCAAUCAAGGAUCACGAUCGACAGGGUGGCAGGGUACAGGAGCAGCAUACUGGCUUGCUCAUGGACAUGAGUAAGGGCACUAUAGAAGGUGGAACGGAUGCGAACCCAGCUAUACACGGCCCAGGAGGUCUCUCAAGCAGUCAGCCUAUUGCAGAUUCGACUCGUCCUGGUGCAUCUCACCCAAUCCGCGACGCAGCUGUGGGUGGUGGCGCUGGCGCAGCUGGUCCUGGCGGCGCAAGCGCUCUUCACAACCGUGAGCACGAGUCAGCUCCUGUUGGUCAUACAUCUGGCCUGUCCUCUCAGCAGCCGCGCGAGAGCCAUCUCGGCCGCGAUACAGCACUUGGCGCUGGUGCAGGAGCCGCGGGUGUAGGCGGUUAUGAAGCCCUCAAACACCAUGACAACCAGACUGGUACUGGCUCCCAGACUGUGAAGCACGAUGAACCACACCACACAGGUAGAGACGCCGCUCUUGCAGGCGGCGCAGGUGCAGCUGGUGUCGGUGCAUACGAAGCUUCGCAUGAUUCUCACCACGGCAAGCUAGAAAAGACACCUCAUCAAGUUGAGAAACACGAGAAGGACUUGGAGAAGGCUAGGGAGAAGGAGGCUAAGCAUGGAGGCGAUCAUGGGAGUGGUGAAAAGAAGGAGAGUUUCUUGCAUAAGCUCUUACACCCUGGUGGCUCGAAGAGUCACGAGGAGCCCGAGAGAGGAAGGGAGCAUGCUCCUGUUGCUGGCACGACCGCUGCUGGUGCUACAGCUGGCGCGCAAUCGUCUUGGGAGAAACAGCAUGGUACUGGUGAGCAUGGUACCGGGCAAAGCAACGUGGCGCAUGAGAAGUACACUGGACUGCCUAUGGAUAUGAGCAAGGGCACUGGUGAGGGUGGUACCGAUGGAGCAUCACAGAUUCACGGUCCUGGCUCUACUGGAUCUGCUCUUGGUGCUGGUACUGGUGCAGGUCUUGCCUCUGGAACCGGUGCGAUGGGUCAGCAUGAUACUCCUGGCCACAGCCACGGCUCGAAUACAGCAGGCACUGGCCAGACGGUCAACGAGCCAAACACAGGCUUGCCCAUGGACAUGAGCAAAGGCACCGGUGUAGGUGGCACAGAUGGGGCGUCGCAGAUCCAUCCUCAUGGUCAUGCAGCUGGUACGAGCGCUAGUCUUGAAGGUGGUCGUGGUACGACAGGCACAGGCGUCGGUGUCGGGGAUGGUUCUGGUGUGGAGCCUGCUCAUGGAGGUCUGACGAAGCAUGAUUGGUAUGGGCCGAAGUGA